UUCCUUGUACCUUGUCACGGGAAUUCGGUAGCACGGACCGUCGACUCUGUUCGCGGUCCCUUUCUCCUCGCCGAGGAACCGAGGAUCCUCGCCGAGGAUGUUGCCGAAAGAGGAGUCGAUGCCUCGCUAGUUUGUCAGACUGUUCGACCGUCCUCCAUCCAUGUCCACCUCCGAAUUCUACACAAUACAGUUCUCUGUCCUAGGGUGUUAGGCAACAUCCUCUUGAGUUCGAAGGGUGGAAUUCCGCGAAUCGUCCCGGCCGCGGAAUUUAUGUUCGCGGGGACGAGGCUAGAUGGCCGGUUAUUGCAGAAAAUCGAAGAUAUCACGGCGAGGGGAUCGACGCUCAAUCCGCACAAUUAA